AGGUGUACCCUGGUCUUGAUCACUUUGGUCUUUACUCUUUCUGGUGAGAGAGUGGCAGCACAGAGGGCAGGGUGUAAAAAUGUCCACUAUGACUUGGCAUUUAUCCUGGAUACCUCAUCCAGUGUUGGAAAAGAGAACUUUGAGAAGAUCAGACAAUGGGUGGCCAACCUUGUAGAAUCUUUUGAUGUGGCACCAGACAAAACAAGAGUAGCUGUGGUUCGCUACAGUGAUAGACCCACAACUGAGUUCAACCUGGCGCAACACAGGACCCUGGGAGAUGUCAAGCGAGCUGCCGGUAACAUUCGCUACCUGGGGGGGAAUACAAUGACUGGGGAUGCUAUCAGCUACACCACCAGCAACAUCUUCACAGAAUGGAAUGGUGCAAGGCCCAUAGCCAGAGGCAUUCAGAGGGUGGCCAUUCUACUCACAGAUGGCCGAAGCCAGGAUUAUGUUCUGGAGCCCUCCAAGGCCGCUGCCAAAGCCGGCAUCAGGAUGUUUGCUGUGGGCAUUGGGGAGGCACUAAAGGAGGAACUAGAGGAGAUUGCUGCAGAGCCAAAGAAUGCUCAUGUCUUCCAUGUGACGGACUUUAAUGCCAUUGACAAGAUCAGGGGCAGGCUGAGGAGGAGGCUGUGUGAGAAUGUCUUGUGUCCAAACAUGAAGGUUCAGCCUGAUCGUUUCAAACCCAACAGUACCAGUUAUGGCCUUGAAGAGGUUCCAGGGUUUGACCUGAUGAAAUACUUCAAUGUGAGGGAUAUUCUGGGAAGCAGAGUUGAUGAAGGCCAAAGUUCUUAUGUUCGACUUGGUGCCAUGCCCAUUGUAAGGCAAACAGAAGAUGUGUUUCCUCAAGGCUUGCCAGAUGAAUAUGCCUUUGUGACGACUUUCAAAUUCAGGAAAACGUCCAGGCGUGAAGACUGGUACCUCUGGCAGGUUUUUGACAAAUAUGGAAUCCCACAGGUGUCCAUUCGUCUAGACGGCGAGAACAAGGCAGUGGAGUACAACGCUGUCGGGCUGACAAAAGAUGCUGUCAGAGCUGUGUUCAAGAGCCCUCAACUCGAAAACCUGUUUGACCGCAACUGGCACAAGAUUGCCCUCAGUGUGGAAGCCAAGUCUGUAUCUCUGUACCUGGACUGCAAACACAUCCAGACCCUGCCCAUUGAAGACAGGGAAGACAUUGACAUCCAGGGCAAGACUGUGAUUGGGAAAAGGCUGUAUGACAGUGUGCCAAUUGAUUUUGACCUCCAGAGGAUGAUGAUUUACUGUGAUUCCAAACAUGCAGAGCUGGAAACCUGCUGCGAUCUACCCAAUGGUCCAUGCCCUAAAAAAGUGGUGACAGAGGCCCCCCCUGUGGAGAUUCCCACUCCAAGACCGACCAAUGUGGAGCAGCAAGGAGUCCCUCAAGUGAACUGCUCCUGCCCUGCUGGAGAGACGGGAGUUGGUGGUGUGCCAGGUAUUGAUGGCUUAUCUGGGGAUAAAGGAGACAAAGGGGCAGCAGGACUAGCUGGUGAACCAGGGCUGCCAGGUCCAGUUGGACCAAAGGGAAUUCAAGGGGACACAGGACAUCCUGGUGCCCCAGGACUGAGAGGUGUCACUGGUGAAUCUGGUAUCAAAGGUGAAAAAGGAACACCAGGAGCAAGGGGUGAGGCAGGUUUGGGUGGGUUUCCUGGAAAGCCUGGUGUUCCUGGGAAAGAUGGAUUGAGAGGACUUGUUGGAGCACCUGGGCCUAGUGGAAUUAAAGGCGACAAGGGGGAAAGAGGCCUUCCUGGAUUACCUGGGGAUGUGGUUCAAAAAGAGGGCUUACGAGGCGAGAAGGGAGAUGCUGGACCUCCUGGGCCUCCAGGGGCUGACGGCUCUCCGGGGCCUUCUGGUCCUCCUGGCCCACAAGGUCUACCUGGGGAGCCUGGAGAGUUCGGCCAGAGGGGAAAGAAGGGUGAAAGUGGAUUGCCUGGAGUGGAUGGCCUUCCUGGACCCAGUGGUCCUCAGGGUCCACCUGGCCCACCAGGAAUCCAAGGACGCCCUGGACCUCCUGGUCUACCUGGUGAAAUUGGAUUUUCAGGCAAACCUGGAGAGGUUGGAAAGCCUGGUCUUCCUGGUAAAGAUGGCCUGGAUGGUCUUCCUGGAAAUGACGGUGCUAUGGGGCCUAAGGGAACACGUGGAUCAGAUGGUUUUCCUGGCAAGCCUGGACCUAAGGGUGAUGAAGGUCCUCCUGGACCAAGGGGGCCUCCAGGGGAACGAGGAGAGGCUGGUUCCCCUGGACGACCAGGUGCUGAUGGUACAAGCGGAGACAGGGGCGUUCCGGGAGUAAGGGGACAGGAUGGGCCAGUUGGGCCGAAAGGUGAAAAGGGUGACAAGGGUGAAGUGGGAGAGAGAGGACUGCCUGGAAUUCCAGGAGAUCUGACAACUGUCAUCCCUGAGCCUGGUGAACCUGGAAAACCUGGAGAAAAGGGAGAGAAGGGGGAUCAAGGAAAACCAGGAGAAAUGGGCCCCAGAGGAUUACCUGGUGAACAGGGUUUUAAGGGUCCACCUGGGCCACUGGGUCCAAAAGGUGACACUGGGCUUGCAGGAGAGACAGGACGUGCUGGAGACCCUGGUCCACCUGGUGUAGCAGGACUUCAAGGUCUUCGUGGAUUACCAGGGAAUGUGGGGAUACCAGGGAUUAUUGGGCCUCCUGGUCCAGCUGGACAGACGGGAGACAAGGGUGAACCAGGUAAACCAGGACAAGCUGGUCCUACGGGCCCACCCGGAGAGCCUGGUUUGACUGGACCCCCUGGACCACCAGGGAAAGGGAAAGACGGAAAAAAUGGAGAACCAGGACCACAGGGAAUUCAAGGGCCCCCAGGGCUAAAGGGUCAACCAGGUUCACCAGGAGAACCAGGGAUGCCAGGAAACAGGGGUCCUUCAGGAGAAGGCAAAGUGGGACCGCCGGGUCCCCCAGGAAAUAAUGGGGAACCUGGACCUGCGGGCUUGAGGGGUCUACCAGGAGUUGCUGGUCCUCAGGGCCCAGCUGGACACAAUGGUUUACCAGGAAGGCCAGGAGAAAAGGGGUCACCAGGAGAGCCUGGAAAAGCAGCAGACCUGUCUGACCUAAAUCUGAAGGAUGUUUGCUCAGACUGUCCUGCAGGUCCACCUGGACAACCUGGUCUCUCAGGAAUCCCAGGGGAAAAAGGACACCAGGGACCUCCAGGGAAAAAUGGUCAAGAUGGUUACCAAGGCCCACCAGGACCAGCUGGACCUCAAGGGCCCCCAGGAGCUGAAGGAGGAAAGGGUAUAAAAGGUGACCGAGGACCUACUGGAAGCCCUGGAGACAAAGGAGACAAAGGUAACCCAGGACCCCCUGGUCAUCCAGGUCCUUCUGGUUUAAUGGGUACACCUGGUAACGAUGGACAACCCGGUCCUGUUGGUCCCCCGGGGUCCCCUGGAGAAAAGGGCAAAGAGGGACUUCAAGGAAUACAGGGACCACCGGGUCUUCCUGGUUUGAUAGGUCAGCCUGGAAAAACUGGAAAAGAUGGACGGCCAGGUGAAACAGGAGAACCUGGCAAGCAAGGUGAACCUGGACUCCCAGGAAACCCUGGACUCAGCGGACUCCCAGGUUUUAAAGGUCACACAGGAGAACCUGGACCUCCAGGACCUAAGGGAGAAGAUGGAAACCCUGGAACUCCUGGGCGUGAUGGCAAACCUGGGAAGGAGGGUUCUGUGGGACCCCCAGGCCCAGAGGGAAUUAGUGGACCAAGAGGAGAGUCGGGCAAGCCAGGUGAACCAGGACCAUCAGGAAAAUCAGGUCUUCCUGGAACUCCAGGUCUCAGGGGACAUAAGGGAGAGUCUGGCACCCCAGGAUUACCAGGCUUCAGUGGGCCUAAAGGCCCUGCAGGACCACCUGGUCCAGUUGGCCCAGAGGGAAAACAAGGGAUGCCAGGCAGAGUUGGUGAUCGUGGCCUCAAAGGAGAUAAGGGUGACCCAGGUGUGAAGGGAGAUAAAGGACUUGCAGGAGAGCCAGGUAUGCCAGGAAACCCUGGACCCCCAGGCAGAAAGGGCCAUACAGGGAUGAUGGGCAUGUCAGGACCUCCAGGAGAACUAGGCCCUCCAGGGGCACAAGGACCUUCAGGAAACCCUGGUCUCCCAGGCCCAAGGGGAGAGUCAGUAUCACUGGAGCAGAUGAGGCGGCUCAUACAGGAGGAGCUGACAAAGCAGUUAGAUGCCAAAAUGGCUUACCUCAUGACUCAGAUGCAGCCAGCCCACGUGAAGAGUACAGCAGGCCGUCCGGGACCUCCAGGCCCUCCAGGGAAGGAUGGCAGUUCUGGACGACCCGGCCCUCCUGGAGAGCCUGGUAUGCCGGGACAGAACGGAGGAGAAGGACCCAGGGGACCCAUGGGCCCUAAAGGUGAAAAGGGAGCCAAAGGAGAAGUGGGAGAACCUGGUGUCGGUGAAAGAGGAGAUCAAGGCCCUCCUGGCCCGAUAGGUCCAGCUGGUCUUCCUGGUUAUGGUAAAGACGGCAGCCCAGGACAAGCCGGCACCCAGGGAGAACCAGGAAAUCCCGGCCCCCAUGGUCAGCCUGGACCUCCAGGUCCUCCUGGCCAAUGUGAUCCCACCCAGUGUGCUUUCUAUGCCAGCCUGGCACAAAGACCUCACACCAAAAAUGUCAAGGGGACUUAAAAAAGGAGACACACAAACAGCUUGAUGUCCAGCUGAAUUUAUGAACUUAGUCGUGUCUGUCGAAAUCAAAAACGUUUCUUUUUCAUGAUAACCACAGUACAGAGGGCUGAAGCAAUAUGUGCUGCAGGUCAGAUUCUUUAUUUUGUUUUUUGGUAUGACAAUUGGGAUGGAUGGAGAGUGAACUCCGUGGGACUUUGUAAGAUUUAAUAUGGGAUAAAAAGGGCAGCUAAACAGGUUUUUCCUCACUUGUAUCUUUCCUGUCAAAUAUAUAUGGAGAUAACAAGGAUAAUGCGAUUCCCUCCUUUUAAACUCCCAACUCAAAGUGAGGAUUUGGGAGUCUGGUAUUCUAUCGUUUCAUCAGUAAUUAUUUCAGAGGCUCAGCCAGAUUUUAUCCUGCAGCAAUAGGAUCUUUUUUCCUGCUUCACACCAUUUUGCAGCCCACAUUGUACCACAUCCAACAAUAGCUUUCAGUUCCUAGAAUAAUCUCCUGCUGGGGAUCUUCUACCAUUCCAUUGGUAAUUACUCACUCAAGUGAAUUAUCUGUUAUUGUCACUGGUGGGAAGGAGGAAGGGCAGACGGUAUGAGACACAAUCUCAAAUACCAAUAGUGGUUCUGUGUGGGAGAAGUGUUAAUGAGUUGGUGUGGUAAGUGAUGAAUUACCACACGUGUGCAAUUCUUGCCUCCAAAUUGGUAGCAGUGUUAUUAUUAUUGUAUUGAUCCUGCAAAACAGAAAAUAAAAUAAAAUUACAUUUAGAGAAAUCCCCUCUUAAACUAACUGGAAUUUAGCUAAAUUUGUAAAGGAAACAUCAGAUUUAUUUAGACAGAAAUUACAUCGUUUUAUUCUGGGGAUAAACUGGAAGAAGCAAAAAUGACUUAUGUCACAAACCAUGAAUUAGAUGUUUGGCAAUGAUGUUUCAGCUUUUGGAGAGAUUUAAAAGAUUUCAUUCCAAAAUUCAGUUUAUUUGCCUAAAAAUCCAACAAAAUGCAUAUAAAAUGACUGACAGUGUAUCACAUUGUAUCAUUUAAAGUAGGACAUGGAAUUUUAAAAUGAAAUUCAUUAUUUCUUUACAAAAUAUGAAUAACAUGUCAUGGAUGCAUAAUGCAUAUGUGCCAUGUCAUGAUUUGUUACAAGCUCACCCACAAGAUGCUUAUUAAAGAGACAGAGGUACAGACAGGAAGAAAUGCCAGCAUUAGGUUUGUACUUGCACAUGUUAAUGAAGUGGCUCUGGUCAUUCUCUCCCAGAGGUAUGCAUAGACUGGGUCAGUAAACAGCUUUGAGGAGGUGGUAUAAUUGCAGCCUUUGUGCAUCUUUCUUAAAAAGCUGCUUGUUUCACACUGCUUUCUUUAAAUGUGACACUUUCUUUCUGUUUGGUGAGGCGUAAUAAGUGCCUACACUGUGACAGGGCCCGGGCAGCUCAGCCCUGCUCUGAAAAAACAUUGGUUUCCUUGUGUGUCCCCUGGAACCUAAAAUUGGAGCGUUGCUUCCUUGCAUCCUGAUGACCAGACCAUUGUUGUCACCAUCUGAAAGACCUUUUGCCUUAUGUCCCCUAUGGACCAAUUAUAUAUCUCCUGAACCUCAAAAGUGCUGGUCAUCUACAAGCUAUGGAAUGGCCUCCACAUUUUUCAUCCUUUCAAAUACUUAAAGAAACACAUAACAUAAGAGCAACAGAGGGAACAAUUUUGAAGAAGAGUAUAAGAAAUCCCGUGGGAGCUUGCAAGAUAUUGAAUAUGAUCUACAGGUCAAAGAUUACCAGUACAUGGGCCACUCGUACUUGGCCUCUCUUGCUCAGAUUAUGUAAUGGAAAGUCAUUACUGAAGAACUGACAAGUUAUGGCUUUAUUACAACUUAGUUUUGCAGAUGUUGGUAAAGCACGCUUGAAUUUUCCAUUUGAUCAGUACUGAUCUGAAGGCAAGAAUAUUUUCAUUUGUUGAGUUGAAGGCUAUGCUGUUUUCAAAAGAACUACUGUUUUUUAGUUUGUUUCAUUUUACCACUACCAGUACCAGUGAAAUUAUAAGCAAUAAAAUGCUAUUGCUAAAUUUAAUACAUUUGGUCUGGUAUGACCAGAAGCUGAUGCUGGGUUAUGUUAGCUAUUGUUAGCAAAAGCUUGAAAAAUGCUGAUGUAUAUUACAUCCUGAGUCCACCACUAUCCAUCAUAUUUGCUACUCGUUUGUUACUUUUGAACAAGCAUGGAUAACUGUUAUGUCUAAAUAGCCAGAAAACACAGCAAAUGAAAAUGACAAAUUCUUCAAUCAUGGACUUACUAGAUGGCAUUAGUACCUAAAAUUGGCUCAUUUGAACUUGCAAGCUAGCACAGGUCGAACCUCAAUGUCAUCACAGAUCAUAAGAUUAUUUUUGGUUUUAGUUUCUGACUUCUUCACUUUUUGAUUUAACACUUAUCUCACAAAAGCAUAAUUGUUAAUUGAGAUUUAUGUCAACCAAUGUGACAUACAGUAAGUGGCCUUUGGAGCAGCUAUGUAUCUGACAAGGGUUCAGAUCACUAAAACUACUUUGGCAAAUGUCUGUGGCUCCUUUCACACUAGAGGUAGAGAGCAGGUUUAAAUACAGAAAAUUUACUGUAUGUUCUGAUUUAAAUUCAGCCCAAAAUGUGUGAUUACAAUAGGUGUCCUGCUCUUUCAUAUAUGCCACUUAAUAUACAAUAUCUUAAAAUAGAGUAUCAAUUUACUGUUGAGCAAAAGGUACCAGGAUUGCCAUUUCUUGGUUUUAUAUAUGCUUGUUAGAGUCAAUAAACCAUGUGUUAAGGGUGGGAU